CUCACUCAUUCACUCUCAGCAUGGAUCAACACCAACACCAGCAGCCACACAUUCGUCCCUUCUUCCAUCCAUCCAUCCAUCCAUCACUCGUCGAAUUUCGCUUCGAUGUGGUGCAUGCCAAUGGAUCCGCCAUAGAGGCUGGGUCGGGUCUUGCGCACCUUGGGUGCGGCGGCUGCCUCGGCUGCCUUGGCCUGAGCCUGGGAACGGGCCAGGAUGGUCAUGAAAAUGGGGAAUGCGAACGCAAUGAUGCCCGCAACCUGCAAGGCAUGCGACAGACUCGGACAGAGACAUUCCCUUUGUAUGUGUCUCUUGUCUGUCUGUGUGUGAAUGGUGACUUACGAGUAUGCCCUCGUUUGGGAGAACGAAGUUGCCGUUGAGCUUCUUGGUGGUGUAGGCGGCCAGCGGGUUGCACCCCUGACUCACCUGCACUCAUUGACCCCAUUGAUGAAGGGAUUGGAUAUAUGAAGACACCCAAGAGACACCCGUGUGGACUUACCGCUCCGGCGACGAGGGCCGCCGUUCCCAUCAACGUGCCGAUGCCAACAAAGCCGAACGUGCCUGCACUCGUGCAACAAAGCGAACACACAGUAAACCACCCCGUGUGUGUGUGUGUUGUGUUUAGUUUGGUGCCUGCGGCGAUGCUCCAUCCGGUGGAGAAGAUCUGCGACUUGACCAUGGGGAAGACGAUGAUGUUGGCGUAGGCGAAGAAGAUGCUCUUGGUCCACGGCAUCAGCAGACACAGCAACGAGUGAAGCACACCCUGUCGAUGAAACCACACAUCCAUCCAAGCAUGGUUUAUUCACAGUCGUGCUGUGCUAGAGUGGUGUUUGUCGUGUGAGAGAGCGACUCACCGUCGCGUUGGCGAGGUAGAUGCUGAAGAUGUUGCCGUACCUGGUGGCCAGCCAACCCACUGCGGACACACACACACACAGAGAGAGAGAGAGAGAGUGGGAAUGCAUUCUAUUGUGUGUGUGUGUGUACUAGGGAAGGUUGUGAGGCCGCAGAAGGGAAAGAUGAUGCCGAAGAAUUUGCUGAGCUGCGCCGCCUUCUCGUCGCCAUAGACGCCAAACUGGAGAGGGCCCGUGGGCAUGAAGAACGACAUCUGGACGACAAAGACGAAAAGUGUAUCGAGACGUCCAUCCACAGGCACCCACGUACUCUGAACAUUUCGAUUGCGAAAAACGCGACGAACAUGAUGAAGGUGAGGCUGGUGUACUUCUGGAGCUGUGUCAUGUCGCUGUGGUCCACAGCCAGAGGGGCCGGCCUCUCCACCAGCUUGACGCCAGCUGUAUGCCAGCCACCACACCACCACAUUAUAUGGCGAAGCGCACACGCACACGCACAAACAGAGUAGAUACCUUCCUGAUCGGUGACGAGGCGCUGCGUCUCCGGUUCAAUGUCCUCAGCUGCCGCACACCAGCCACACACCCACAUGUGUGCCGAGGUACCUCGCUGCCUGCUCUCUCUCUCUCUCUCUGUCUGUCUGUCUGUCUGUCUGUCUGUCUGUGAGACGUUCGAAUUGCUUGAAAGGUACAAAGACGAGGGCGAUGAUGAGGCAGGCCACACAGACGAUGCUGUAGCCCAGGAGGAGCGACUUGAUGCCCAUCUUUGGGUACACGCUCGAGUGCACGAUCUCCAUGAUGGCAAACACGCCGGCGCUGAAGUCGUACGAGCCCGUCAUCAGAGAGAUGGCCUGGGGCGCACGUGUGGGAAACAGCAGGGCCACGUUCAUCUGACCGACGGACAAAGAGACACACACACAGAGAGACACCAGUCGGAGCACCGGCGCCCGUGUCUCUGCCCCCUUGCAGCCAUACACACGUACGGUAGUGGUGAUGGUGCUGCCACCGGCAAAGGCCAUGAGCAGCAGGCCGAUCCAGUAGCCCAGCACAAAGGACUCGCCGGCAAAGGCGAGUGCGAUGAAGCUGAUGAGGAAGAGCACCUGGCCAGCCACGGCGUUAAUCUUGGGGCCAAGCCAGUCGGUCGUGAUGCCCCACGCCAGACCCGAGAAGAGCAACAUCAGCACUACAGGUACCCAAGCCAGAGGGAGACGGACACCCAUCAUGUGUGUGGACUGUGAUCUGUUUGGACUGCGUACGUGAGACGUCCCAGAUUUGUCCAAAGACCAGCGUCUGCUCGUCGCAGGGCCCUGCCUCCACCUUGGCAGGUGGGCCGGACGGCGCGGGGCACUUCCACUUGAAGGCGCCCUCCUUGAGCAGCAUCCCAACCAGCGGCAAAUAGCCGAAGAAGGCGAUGCCCGUCAACAGAUUGAGCAUUGCAAAGGACAGCAGAACCACUGCACACACCACAGCCACCAACAGCGUCGCUGUGAGCACAGGGAGCCGAGCCACCCCGUUGCAGUUUGCGGACCUUACCGGUUUUGGGCACGCCGAAGGGAAGCUGGUUCUUCGCCAUGUCGGUGUGCACCAGUUGAAGCUGAUGGACGGAAUUGGACAGCGAAAGCUGGAAGAGUAGACAGGAAUUCCAACCUCAGCACCGUCAGGUGUCAGCGAGAUGC